CUCCCAGACAACAGACACCGACGAGAAACGUUUAGCUUGGAAGGAAUGCUGAAAGGACUACGGGAUUGCGGUGGAGUACAGUGAGGUUAACGGCGUCACGGUUAAUUCAGCUGAAAUUCUGAUAGCUGCACUUCUAUUACAACGGGAUCUGUUGGAAGCAAUCCUUUUGGGUGCAUUCUGAUUACAUAUGAUGCUUUUGAGUGUAUUUUGAUGGUACUGCAUGUCUGCGACAUUGACUGGAACUUGAAUCUGAUGAACUAUGCAUAACGAAUGUUUUAUAGAAGUCUAUAUUAAGUCGGCAAUGUUGUUCUCCCCGAGUUUUACUUAAUGAAUUCAACCUGCCUGAUUAAAAGAGCUGGUGGAGACAUCUUGAUUUUUUGUUAAAGUUUUGAGCGAGUUGCUGUUGUUAUAGUGGUCAUCCUGCUGAUCUGGAGAUGUGCUUCUUAUUGAAUUGAAAUUUAGAGAGAGUUGAGGGAAUAAUUUAGGAUUUACAUAUGGCUUCAUUGGACCAUUUUGGGGAUGUUGCAAAUAUCGCACAGCUUACUGGAAUAGAUGCGGUGAGGCUAAUUGGGAUGAUUGUGAAAGCUGCUGCCACAGCCCGGAUGCACAAGAAGAAUUGCAGGCAGUUUGCACAGCAUCUCAAGCUAAUUGGAAAUUUAUUGGAGCAGCUCAAGAUUACUGAACUUAAGAGGUAUCCGGAAACCCGAGAGCCAUUGGAACAUCUUGAAGAUGCAUUGAGGAGGUCUUAUUUAUUGGUCAACAGCUGUCAGGACAGGAGCUACCUUUAUCUGUUGGCUAUGGGGUGGAACAUUGUAUACCAGUUUCGCAGGGCUCAGAAUGAGAUUGACCAAUACUUGAAGAUUAUUCCUCUUAUCACUCUGGUGGAUAAUGCUCGAGUCAGGGAAAGGUUGGAAUAUAUUGAAAUGGACCAGCGUGAAUACACACUGGAGGUUGAAGACAUGAAGGUGCAAGAAGUGAUUAUGAAACCAGAGCCUUCUAAAGAUGAUACAAUAAUAUUAACGAAGAAUCUUUCCUGUUCUUACCCAAGAGUGCCUAUCAAUGAGGCAAUUCAAAAAGAAAAUGAAAAACUCCAACUAGAACUACAGCGCUCACAAGCUAAUUUAGAUGUAGGCCAGUGUGAAUUCAUUCAGCAUCUUCUGGAUGUCACAGAAGUAGUUGCCACUAACUCUCUAUCAUUGAAGAGUUCACCUGCCAAACCUCUCAAAAAGUUGGAUCUGAGUUACUCAAAUGUUGAUAAUGAGAAGGUAUAUUAUGACGAUUAUGCUAAAAGUGAUGAGAAACAGUCAACUUCAAGAAACACUUCAUCAGUUACGUCAAGACAUGACCUGCUUUCCUCAAAGGGUUCACAUCGAUAUGAAGAGUGGCAUUCAGAUCUGCUGGGCUGCUGUUCAGAACCUCUCUUAUGUAUUAAAACCCUUUUCUUUCCCUGUGGUACAUUUUCUAGAGUUGCCAGUGUUGCUGCGGACAGGCAUAUAUCUUCAGCGGAUGCUUGUAAUGAAUUAAUGGCUUAUUCCUUGAUACUGUCCUGCUGUUGUUACACAUGUUGCAUCAGAAAGAAGCUUCGGAAAAAGCUAAACAUCAGGGGAGGUUGUGUUGAUGAUUUUCUUUCUCAUUUAAUGUGCUGUUGCUGUGCUCUUGUCCAAGAAUUGCGCGAAGUCAAGAUACGUGGGACACAUGGUAUAGAGAAGACGAAAAUAAGCCCUCCAACCACUCAAUUCAUGGAAUCCUAAGAAGCUAAACCUGGCUUUUUAGCACUAAAAAUAUCAGAAAGCACUAUACGGAGGUUCAGUGUGUAUAAAUGACCCAGAGUUGUUCAUUCGUUUACAUGGUUACUGGUGACUAUACAUGUAUGUGAUGUAAGAAUCUGUUUUAUGUGGUGUACAUACAGGAUUAUUAUGGUGUAACUAUGGAUGAAU